AUGGGUUGCCGGUUCAUUGGCGGCUCCGCGGGCGCAGCAGGUUCCUGCACAGCCUUCCCAGGUGUACUCUCCAAUCUUGAAAUCCGAAGGAUUAUCAAAGAUGAGGGCAUCACUCCGUAUUUCAACACCACUGCCAUGGUCAAGUACUUCAAGUAUGCAGGCGACAGCUGGGUUGGUUACGACGACGCUGAGACGUAUGCGAUGAAAGAAGCCUUCGCUAACGAUAGGUGCUUGGGCGGCAUCAUGAUCUGGUCCAUUGACUUUGAUGACUCAACAGGUGGCGGCAUUGGUCUGGACGAUCCAAACGAAUACAAAUCACCCGAGUCCGCAACCGUCAUUCCUAUGUCGCACACGACAGUGCCUGCAGGUCAAAUGUUUACGCUCGGCUCUGGUGCCGCAACAGACAUCCCACGUCUACCCAAUAGAGGCGCCCAGAACGUUCCAAGCGGGCCAGGGUCCGAUAAGUGCAGUCAGUGUAGCUUUUUCCGCUUGAUCACAUCCACCUGUUGUGGCACGGGAGGCUCCGUCAGUAACCCCAUCAUGAUACCAGCCGGCGUACCGACACCUCUGGAUAUCCCUCUACCCGCUGGUUUCAUCCCGAGCCAGUCCUUCAGGGAUCCCAGCGGCAAUACUGUUCCUGCUAACCAGCCACUUCCACGGGAAACCAUUAUUCCUCGCGGGACUACAUUUACUCAGCCCUUUGUAAUCGCUCCUGGCACCCCGUUGCAUGAAGGAGAGGGCGACGAUCAGAACUCCAACUCAUCAAGUCUGAUUUGGCUAUCCCCAGACAUUUGGAACGAACCGAAUCCACAAGUACAGUGCUUCUUCCCGUGCACCUUUGUUCUCCCGCCGUGGCCAUCUUAUACCACUACCAUCGACUACCCGCGCAUCACCGUGACCGAGGACAAUACUAUCAAGACCACUCUUACCUUUCCACCCUUGACUAUAAGUCGAUGGGAGCCCUCCACCAUCGUCAUUGACAACGGCGCAAGCUGCACGACUUCCUGCUCAACCGACAACAACAGCAAUAGGCGCGGCACAGGUGCCCCCAACCCCUUUGACCCCUUUCCAACCUUCCCUGGUGACCCGCUUGUCCCAGAAGAAGAAGAACAAACCGAAGAAGAGGAACUCACUUGCCCCGCGAACGUCGACGAUCCCAACGACGACUCGCCGGGCGGCUCUGACCCAAAGCCCAGCACAACCACGACCACGACCACUCCAGGCGGCGGCACGACCACCGUGUUCACAGUCAUAACAAAGACCGCACAGCCUGAGCCCUCCACCACUACAACCACAGUCACAAAGGAUCCAGAACCCACCACGACACCCCCAAAAACACCCAAUUUCGACAAGGACGAAGUAAAAUGCUACGACUCGGGCCAAGUUGCGAACCGCGGCCACCUCACCAAGCCCGUGUACGACUGGUGCGACUCGAAAGACAAAAAGACCAUGAAAAGCAAGUACUUUUCCACGGUACUGCGCACAGCGUUUCCGUGCUGCGACACGCGUGACGAAGUCGUUCCGAUCGAGGUCAAAUGGAGCGUCGAGGUCUACGAGGGGUGUCAGUGGAAAGUCGAUGCGGAGACGUGCAAAGCCGAAUUCAGGAAGAUAAUCGAUGGAUGUGAUAGGAACACUGCGUUGAGGAAGCAGGGGGGCAGACUGGUAGGAGACUGUAUGACGUAG